AAAUGGUUUUACAUCGCGAAUGUCUUACAUUUAGAUACAUUGUGUGCUAGAAAUCUAUUUCUAAUUUCAUGUUCUGUCUUUCUCUCACCUACCAGAUUAAAAGCAAUGAAGAACCAAAGCUGUGAUUCAGGCAACUCAGAGACGGUGUGUGAAGAGCCGACAAGAAUAUUCUUUGAGACGCCAGAGGAUAUGCUGAAUCCAUUGGCCAUUAAUCCAUCUUUUGUACCUAUUGUCCUCACCCACAGCAUAAUCUUCUUCAUAGGCAUUGUUGGGAAUACUGUUGUAAUCGUGACUUGGGCAGGCUCCAAACCAGCGAGAUCUCCCACAUGCACGUUUUUAGUGAGCCUUGCAGUUGCUGAUCUUAUUUUGUUAGUUUUUUACGUCCCACUGGAACUGGUGGGUUACUUUGUAAUAACGUGGGAUGCUGGAGGGACCAUUUGCAAACUUAGUUCAUAUAUCGAGAUGUUGUCCGGUAUGGCAUCUGUACUGAACCUUACAGCUGUUAGCAUUGAAAGGUUUUUAGUUAUAGCCUACCCAAUAAUGGCAAGAAGGUUUUGUACAGUCAGCACAUGUCGUAGAGGUCUCUGCAUCGUAUGGGGAUUAGCUAUAGCUUUAGCUCUUCCAGUUUGCUUCACGAAAAGAAUCUACCCAAUAACAUACUUCAACAAUCAAACCAGCAUCACUGCAUAUUACUGCUUCGAUUCUACUGACAGCAUGGCAUUUAUGGUUGCUAUCUAUCAGUUAGUGGCCAUGUUUAUUGUUCCAGCUUUUUUCAUGAUGCUCUGUUACAUAUGCGUCAUCAGAGAACUAUGGAGCAGUACAAGAACAGUGGCAGCCAUGACACGUCCUACAGACAAACGUGAGAUCAUGCCAGCAAUACAAGACUUACAAUUAUCAGAAAAUACUGUCACAAGAAGAAUAGGAGCCAUUUCAAAAGAUAUGCAAACGCAGUUGAAGAGUGAUUUGAAAAUAUGUGAGUGGUUCUCACUACAAUUUGACGAGUCCACAGACAUAGCAGACACAGCACAAUUAGCAGUUAGGCUGAGAAUGAAACUGUCAUCUAUAACCGCUGAUGAGGCACUAGCAAUGGUGGGAAACAUGAAUGGUUUUAUUGCUCUCUGUAUAAAAGAUGGGUCAUUUCCUGAUUUUAUGUCCUAUCACUGCAUGUCCACCAGGAAGCUUAGCGUGCUCUUGUUUUUAUGUAGAUAUGAUUCGGAUAGAGAAUUACAUAAUUCCAGACACUGUUUAUUACGAUUUAAUUGGGGUCGUCGACAACAGAGGGCGACACCAGAGAGAAUAUUGAGCAUACACAGACAAGGCUUAGAAAUACAGCAUGCACGAAAGCAGGUCAUCAAGAUGCUUAUUCUAGUCAUCAUCCUCUUUCUCAUGUGCUGGGGUCCACGUCUAAUCAUGCACGUCAUCAUUAAACACGGUCUUAAUUCCUUCACCGAUCACAUAUACAAUCUUCGGGUGGCCACUUAUCUGCUCUCCUUCGCACAUUCUGCCAUAAACCCAAUCAUAUACGGGUUUAUGUCCACCAAUUUCAGAAAGAUGAUGCUUCAAUGUUGCAAAGACAGCAUCUGCAAUCGAACAACUUGCACAGUUUGUCGUCACUCGAGCAGCUGCGUGAUUGAGGAACUGCCUCAAAGGCGUAAUCUCUCUGAUUCGUAUGAGUUUAGUACCCUCACAACGAGCACGAGGCGAUCCCGGCAGGCUAACUCCAUCAAUGUUGAAGAUCCGAGAUUUCGAAGGAGUGAAGAACAAUGGACAGCUGUUUAAAGCAAACAUCUGUUCAUGGAACAUUGUUUCAUAUUUAGUGAUAUUUAUUUAUUUAUUAACUCUUUAUCAUCAGUUGGAAUUUUUUUCUUCAUAUUCAAUUUCAGGAGAAGUUGAAAAAGUUUUCUAAAUGAUCAUUUUUUCCCCCCAUUUGCUAAAUCCUAAAAGUUCUUCAAGA